GGCACACAUUUGCCAUUUCCACGCCGCUGGCAUGCCGCUGACGCCGCAAUUCACAUGGGAAGAAGACGUGUCGUCCAUUGCGCUGCGUGUGCCGCUCAAAGGCGCGAGUCGUAAGGAUGUCGACAUCUACGUGGCGGACCUGGUCGUCAAAGUAAACUUCAAGCCGUAUGUGUUGCUCGUGGACUUGCAUGCUGCUGUCGAGCCAGAGAACACGACCGUCACGAUUACCAACGGCGUGGUGGUGUUGGUCGCGCAAAAGCACGAGCGCCGGGUGUGGAAGCAGUUGGGAUUCGACGGGACCAAAGCCGACUGUCUUGCGCGGCGCAAGGCGUCCAUGGCUCGCAAAGAAGCCUACGAGCAAAAGCUAAGCGAAGCGCGGAAGGACCUCAAGUACCGCAACGAGAAACAGACGUUGCGAGACCAAAUGUCACUGGACGAACUCGAAAGGCAGCGGCUGGACGACCUCAAAGCCACCGAAAAACAGCGCGAAGAGGACGCCAUGUAUCGCACCUUCCGCGACUUGCAACAUCCACCAUCAACCCAAUCGACUAAACGUCGCAGCUCCACGCCAAUAGCCGUGGAGCCGCCGAUUUUAGAAAUGACGCCAGAGGGCGAGUUUGACAUUCCCAGGCGUUCGAUCGUCGUCCCUUCGCCCCCCCCGCGAGAAGAAGAACAAGACUGGGGCACGUCGUCUGACACGGAGUCUGACGACUACAGCAACAACAACAGCCCGAUCCUCGAGACGCCCAUCGAAAACGGCGACGACGACGGGGAAGACGAGGAUGUGACGCAGUGGCCCCCACCACGACAACAAGUCACGGCGAGCAGAAUCGUGUUUACGCCCCGUGUCUUUCCCACGCCUAGCCGUGAAUCCACUGCUGUGGACGAAGAGAAUUGGCUUGUGAAGAACCGAAAGCACUUGAAAAGUCACAAGGGACUGCAUGCUGCCGCCGCGACCGCUGCGCAAGACAUUAGCGAAACAGAUCCCGUGUGGCUCAAAGCAAAAGGCGAUGAUUUCUACCGACACAAAGACUUUCGCAGUGCCAUCAACGCCUACGGCGACGCUCUCGCCAUCGACCCUUCGCUUACACCAUGUUUGUCGAAUCGCGCCGCGUGCUUUUUGCAAGUCGGCGAGUAUCAGUUGUGUGCGGACGACUGUUCGAAAGCCCUGGCGUUGCUUCCAGAUAUUGGAGACACCCCGUCGAUGCAAACGGUCCAGUUAAAAGUGCGCGUGCUCGUCCGCCGCGGCACCGCGUACUGCCAGCUCGGGUUGUACAGCCAAGCCAAGGCCGAUUACGGCGUCGCUCUAACCAUCCAUCCCCAAAAUGAAGCAUUGCAGCUGGACUUUGGCCGCAUUGGGCAGCUCGAAGCAUGUGCUGUGUGGAAAUCCAAGGGAGAUGCGAGCUACGCAAGCCAAGACUUUGUGACGGCCAAAGCUAUGUACACCGAAGCCCUGCACGUGGACCCGACCUUUAUUUCCUGCUUAUCGAAUCGGGCGGCGUGCUCGUUGGCACUGCUGGAUGCCAAGGCAUGUAUUGCCGACUGUUCGGUUGCACUUGCCAUUCUGGAGGACACGUUGAGUCCGACGAUGGUGCCGUACUCGGCCAUUCCAGCCCCCGGGUCAGCCAAGCGGCGGCUAUGGGUGCUCAAGACCCUCGUCCGUCGCGGUGCGGCGUUCACGAUGGAGAAAGACUACGCCAAAGCCGAACAAGAUUACAUGGACGCGCUGAGCUUGGACCCGCCCAACGCCCAACUAGCAGACGAUUUGGCCAACGUCCGCCGGUUGAAACGAGCUGGCUAGACAAGUCUAGUUACUAGAGAUUUGGCACGAUGGGUUAAAAUCAACUGUGAAUAUUAAAAUCAACUGUGAAUAAUACAGUAAUACCUUGCAC